GCCGCCUGCCGCUGCUGCACCUGUCGGCUGUCGACGCUGAUGCUGCGGUACUCUUACUCUGUGCUCCCGCAGCCGGCCUGCUGCAACCCAUGCGGCCGGUGCAGCAGCUGACUACACUGGGGCGCCAGAGCUGCGCCUGGUCCGGCUCUCCUCUGCACCACCAUCACCGCUGCAAGCAUCGCCCGCCCGCCCACAAGCUGAGCCUCUCGGCAGCAACCCGCCCCGCUGUGCUGCGCCGACAUGUCGGUGCCAGGCACGUCUGCGUCAGGGAGUAUGCCGAAGCAAGAGUCAUCAUCCUCGGGCGCUCGCGAGCGCGGCAAGGCGCGCCACAUGCGCGACGUGUACAGCGAGGCAAACCCGAUCCCCUCCGUCCAGCGCUUCUUCGGCCAGGCCCUGUCAGAGACGCUGGCCGGCAGAGUCGACAGCGACGACGAGUAUACAGACGACCAGGAGGCGGCGCAGCCGAGCGGAGAGAAGCGCUCUUCGGCAGAACGUGCCAAGGGCGCGGAGGCCGGCGAAGCAGGCAAGGCCCGCCUGCUUCGCGCGCUGAGCGGCAGGUCCGGCACCGGCGGCGAGGUCGAGCAGCAGCAGGCGCAGCCCCCUCGGCGCGGCAAGCGCAACAAGAGUCGGGUCGUGCACGACCCCAUUAGCGGCAAGGACGUGACGAUCCAGGACGUAAGCAAGCGCGAGUACCUGCGUGCGCAGGAGGCGGAGACCCGCAGGAGCGAGCGUGCCCAACAGUCGGGCAAGCCACAGACUGGAGAUUCUGCACUGGACGCACAGCAGGAGAAGGGCCCAAUACUCUCGAUGCCGUUCCCACCGGAGGAGCCGCUGCCGGCGAGCCCGCUGCACCUGCACCGCCUCGUCGGGCCGCUCUGGCUCGCCUGGGCAGGCGCAUUGCUCUGGAAGUCGUUCAGCGUCGUCUCGCUCACGCUGCUCAUCGCCAAUGCAUGGCUUGGAUGGUGGGUCUGGAGCACGCUGCGCGACAACGCAGCCGAGCGGCGCUGGGCGCGAGAGGCGGGACGAGCCCACAGCGCACGCGGUGGCAGCAAAGAUGGCCCUGCCCUCGGAGACGGCCUUCUCGAGAGCGCUGAAUGGAUGAACACGCUUCUCUCGGCACUGUGGUCGGUGCUCGACGAGGCUCUGUUCGAGUCCAUGGGCGGGACCCUCGAAGAUGUCAUGACUGCCUCUAUUCCCUCGAUCAUCCACGGCGUCAAGGUCGCUGAAGUGUCGCAGGGCCUGACGCCGAUUCGCGUCACAGCCCUGCGCGUGCUGUCCGACAGCGAGGCGGACCUGGAGAAGCACUCUGACCAAGACGACAACCACCGCAAGGAGGAGCAGAACGGCCAGUAUGUCAACCUCGAGCUGUCCCUCAUCUAUCAUGCGCAACGUAGCAAGCUCGGGCGCGCCGGCAACGCGCAUCUCCUCAUUCACUUCCACCUCGGCAUCCGAAAAUGGGCCCAGGUUCCCUUGCCCGUCUGGGUAGAGAUCCAGGGCUUCGUGGGCACGGUGCGCCUCCGGGUGCAGCUGACGCCCGAUGCGCCAUUCGUGGGAAACGUGACGUUCUCCUUUGCCGGCCUGCCGCGGUGCAGAGUCGCAGUCACGCCGCUGAGCGUCAAUCUCAACAACAUUCCGAUCCUUUCCGGCUUCAUCCAGAGCUCGAUUGAUGCGGCGGUCGCUGAAUACGUCGCGCCGUCCUCCAUGACGAUUGACGUUGGCGAGGCAGUUGCCGGCGACCAGAUCAAGCGAGAGGUCGAUGCGCUCGGCGUCAUCCUGGUGGUGUUCCACGGCGCCGAGAACCUGGAGAAGUCGGACCGCAAAGGCUCGAGCGAUCCGUACUGCACUCUGCAGUGGUCCCGGCUGCAGAAGGUUGCCUAUGCGACGCGCGUUGCCGUCGACGAUCUGAGCCCCAUCUGGGAGGAGCGGCACGUGCUGCUGCUCCACGCCGACGCCCUCCGCGCCCAGGAGCGCCUGCAGAUCAACGUGUGGGACAGUGAUCGUCUGACUGCGGACGAUCUGCUGGGCCGCAUCGAGAUUGAUCCGGCCGAGCUCAUCGAUCACCCCGGGCAGCUCACGCGGCGACAGGAUCCCUUCAUGGGCAGGACUGCGACCUCUUCGAAGCAGGGCGUGCUCAACUGGUCGGUGGGCUACUACCGCAAGGCCGACAACGUCAGACGCAAGGAUGCCAUUAGUAAGUAUACGUCGGACGUAAGCUCAGAGAAGCCAGGCUCUUCUGCCCCUGAGCAAGAAGCGUCGACGUCGCCAGAGGAAGAGGAGUGCGAGGCCACGUCGCAACCUGCCGAAGCACCGCACCAUGGCGAGGAGGGUGUGCGCUUCGAAGCACCGGACCCGGCCCUACCGUCAGGCAUCCUCAGCAUCCAGAUCCACGACGCCAAGGACCUGGAGGUCGUGCGCACGAAGACGAGCCUGCGCCAGCGCCAGGCGCACGAGCCCGGCCAGCCGAUCGAAGACGUGCAGGACGAGAGAGACCAAGAGUCGAGUCCGAGCGCGUACUUCACCAUCAUCCUCAACGAGCAGACCGUCUUCCGGAGCCGUACCAAGCAUCUCGCCGCCAACCCGUUCUUCCAGACGGGUACCGAGCGCUUCAUUCGAAACUGGCAGCGCUGCAUGAUCAUGAUCUGCCUGCGCGACUCGCGCAACCGCGAGUCCGAUCCGAUUCUGGGUGUUGUGCCGAUCAAUUUGGCUGAGCUUUUCGCCCGCAAUCACUCGUCACAGGUCACGCAGUACUUCCCGAUCGGCGGCGGCGUGGGCCGCGGAAGCGUCCGAAUCUCGCUGCUCUUCCGGCCUGUGCUCGGGCUGACCAAGACGAAGAGCCGCCUGGGCUUCGACAUCGGCACCGUCCGCAUCCAGGCUCCGCCACGCAUCCACGACUUCACCGAUGGACGCGCCGCUGACCUGCACCUUGCGUCCUUGCGCCUGCGCACGCUGGCUGGUGCGGUGCGGAUCUCGGGCAGUCGGCACUCGCAUCUCGACGAGGCCAACGACUCGGUGACCUGGCACGUCGACGCGAAACGCCUGCCCCUCAAGAUUCCGGCUCGGAGACGCUAUGCGGCGCCGCUGGUCGUGGAGUUCCGCACGCUAGCAGCAUACGGCAUCAGGCGCACGACGGCGCUAUCGAUUGUCUGGCUGCAAGACCUGAUUGACGACGAGCGCGAGGACAUCGAGCUGCCGGUGUGGCGCGCGAAGGGCAACGACUUCCACCGCCUCACACAGAACUACAGCGACUAUCGGGACCCGGCGCAGGGCGAGGCGCUUGGCGGCACGCGGGUGGGAACACUGAGCCUGGGUCUGAGCUUCAAGUCCGGCGUCGGCCGCGUCCACCUGCGCUUCGACAAGCACAGCGACAGCGCAGCGGUGCUCGAGGCGUGGCAGGCGUGUGUUGCCGCAGGAAUGCGCGAUGUCAACGGCGACUUCACCAAGGCGGCGCCCAAGUCCGACGACGAGGCAUCCGACGCCUCGGACGAGGCAGAUUCUGAUGCGGGCGAGAGCAACGCCGAGGAAACUCAAGACGAGGCUGCCGGGGCGCAGCCGUCCGGACCAGGGGAGCAGCCGUCCGGACCAGGGAAGCAGGACCCAGCCGACGACGGCCUGCGCAGCAAGCUGCACAGAUGGAAGGCGGACCGGGAUGAGCUGAAGCGACAGCACCGCGGCAGCAGACAAUUCAAGACUGUGCGCACCGCGGCCUGGCUGGGCAAGUCGGCGCGCCAGCGGGCAUCGCGUCUGAAGGGCGCCCUGGCCCUCGACGAGCGGAAGCCGCAGCAGCCUGACAGCGAGAUGUAGCCUGACGACGUUGCUGCAAUCAAGGUCAGAUUGCCGGCAGGAAC